CGAUCUCGUCCCCCGUCCGCGAACGCCAUGGACCCAUCGCUGUACCGAAACUUCAAGACUGCGCGCGGGAUCAACUACCACUACUACUUCUCCGCGCCCUCUGACGCCGGAUCGAAACCGACGUUGCUGUUCCUCCACGGUUUCCCAUCCACGUCCUACGACUGGCGCCACCAGGUCGCGUUUUUCGGCGCGAAGGAGGGGUUCGGUCUCGUCGUGCCCGACAUGCUCGGAUACGCUGGAACCGACAAGCCCACGGACGGUGCGGCGUACAGCGCGGUCGCGAUCGCUAAGGACAUGGUCGAGAUCCUCGAGCACGAGCGUGUCGGGGAGUGCAUCGCGAUCGGACACGAUUGGGGCACCGCGCCGCUCUCUCGCUUGGCUAUGCAGUUCUCCGAGCGCUUCAUGGGUUUCGCCUGGCUCGCGGUACACCACAUCAAGCCAGCCAGACUGGAUUACGAGGACAUGAUCGCCAAGCUGAGGCAGGCUUUCGGCUACGACGUCUUUGGCUACUGGCAGUUCUUCGACUCUCCAGAUGCCGCGGGUAUCAUCGAGAAACAUAUCGACUCCUUCCUUGAACUGUUGUAUCCGGAAGAUCCGGCGCUGUGGAAGACGCACGUGGCGAACACGGGGAAACUGAGGGAAUGGGUUGAGAGCGACUCGCAUACGCAGCGAGCGUCCUACUUGACGGACGAGGACUACCAGCACAUGCGCUCUACUUUGCUUUCAGGUGGCAUGAAGGCGCCGCUGCUGUGGUACACGAAUCACGUCCGCAAUCUUUCCCGCGACGCGGACCUCGCGAUACCACUGGACAAAUGGAAGAUCGCGAAGCCGGUUUUCUUCGGCGCGGCGUUGAAGGACUACGUUUGCCUCGCACCCGUCGGCAAGGCGGGCAUGCGGCAGGCCGCGACGCGGGAAGAGCUGGUCACCGUCAUCGACUUUGACACCUCGCACUGGAUCCAGCUCGAGGCUCCGGAGGAGCUCAAUGCGCGAUUAUUGGAGUGGAUCGAUGGCGUUGUGAAACGCGAUGAACGAGUAUGACCUACCUUGGGCAUGACCGCGCUGCUUCAGAAAUAAGUACACGUAGCUUCUGGAUACGAAGAAUCGUUGCCGGCUUCGGACAAGAAGUUUGAACAUCUACGGAUUUGGAGCGGACUCGCUAUCCCUUUGCCUCUCAAACCAUCAAGGCUGGCUAUGGACCACAACAGUAUCGACAUGCUCGCGCGCGAUGUUUGUUUCUCAGACGACCGCAGAAAGACAAUAUGGGGCUAGCAAUCGUAUUUGGAGAAGGUUGUCAUUGCGAAAUCUCACGCCUGCGGUCGGCUAUCCAUAGCAG